GAUUAAGAAAAAAACUGUACAGCUAAAUUUAGCAAAUAAACACCUUCAGGAAAUUGAAAGGACAUUUUUAUUUGACACGUGACUGAGUGAAAGGGUUAAACUAAAACAAACAAAUAGAAUGAACACAUCCUCCUUCAAUAAGACGUUCUCUGCGAGUCUCGCAAUGCAGUAUAUUCAGCAUUUCAAAAAGAUUUAUUUUCUCUAUUAGAUGUAUAUAAUGGAUUUUUUAUAGCACAUAAUACGAAGUAGGAACACAAUUUGUAUUUUUUUUUUUUUUUUAACAAGUUUGCUAAGUUUUUACACUAUGUGGAAUUAUCAGAACAUCAUACAGGGUUUUUUCUGCUUGUAUUUGUUGAUUAUGAAUGGUGUGUUUGGUGUUGAUAGAGAUGAAGUGAAGUCAGUGCCAGUGAAGGAAGGAGAUUCUGUUACUCUAUACACUGAUAUUACCCAAAUACAGAGAGAUGAUCUGAUAAUCUGGAUAUUUGGCCCUCAGGACAAUCGUAUAGCUCAAAUAUACAUGAAAAGCAUUGAUGACAGUAAUGAGAUAUUUGGAGACAAACUGAAACUGGACAGUCAGACUGGAUCUCUCACCAUCACAAACAUCAAUAUCACACACACUGGCCCUUAUAAACUACAGAUCGUCAGCAACAAAGUGACUUCAUACAAAAGAUUUUAUGUUACUGUCUAUGCUCCUCUGUCUGUUCCUGUCAUCAUCAGAAACUCUUCACCAUGUUCAUCAUCAAGCUGUGUGUUGUUGUGUUCAGUGAUGAAUAUGAGAGAUGUGAGUCUGUACUGGUACAAAGGAAAGAGUUUAUUGUCCAGCACAAGUGAGUCUGAUCCAAACAACAAACUCUCUUUACCUCUGGAGGUUGAAUAUCAGGAUACAAACACAUACAGCUGUGUGGUGAACAAUCCUAUCAAUCACCAAACACAACAUGUCAACCCUGAUGAUGUCUGUCAGCCGUGUUCAGAGCGCCAGCGUUCAACUUUGAUAUUUUUUAUUGGGACGUUGCUGGUGGUCAUAAUAUUAGCUUGUGGGUGUUUCUUUUGCUACAAAAGGUUAAUACGAUCAACAACAACAGAAGCUGAGACUCAGGAAACGAAUAAUGGUUGGAGAAAUAACAUGGUUGGGUGUGUUGAAGCAGAUCAAACAAAACACACAACUGCAAAGACUUAUGUUUAACACACUUUUUAACAUAACUUUAGUUGUCAGUGAAUUGAACACAUCAGAAUAGUUUAUCAUCACCAGUAUUACUGAUGUUUUGAAGUGCAGAAACAUUUAUUAUCUAUUUAUAAUUAAAGGGGACAUAUUAUGAGAUUUUUUUAAAGAUGUAAACUAAGUCUUAAUCUAGGUCUGAGCAAAAGUGUGCCGUUUUGGGUGUGUCAUUUAAAAUGCAAAUGAGCGGAUGAAGUGCAAACACUGAUCACAAUGAUGGUGGUUUGUUGCAAUUGAAACUCAAUUGUGCUGUGAAUUAUUUUCUCUCUCUCUCUUUCUCUCCGUACUAAAUGGUUGUGCUGUGGUUGGAUAGUGCAGAUAAAGGGGGCGGUAUUACCUUAUUCUGACAUCACAAUAGGAGCCAAAUUACAAUGACCUAUUUUUUCACAUGCUUGCAGAAAAUGGUUUACCAAAACUAAGUUACUGGGUUGAUCUUUUUCACAUUUUCCAGGUUGAUAGAAGCACUGGGGACACAAUUAUAGCACUUAAACAUGGAAAAAGUCAGAUUUUCAUAAUAUGUCCCCUUUAAAUAUUUGCAUUUCCUAAGACUGGAUGCUUUUAGGUGGACUGGUAUGAUAUAUGUCAUUUUAGUUUGUUGUUUUAAUGACGACAGAAGGCAGACACAGGGAAGCAAAACUGCAUUCUAUUAAUAACAAACAAUCUUUUGUGAUGCAGUUCUAAUUUACAAAUUGCUUUGAAAAACAAACACAUCUGCAGAAUAAUUAAAUGUAAAUGUCAAACUCCUGUCUGUGCUUUACUCCAAUUGGUUU